UUAUUAUUUGUUUUUAUUAAAUUAAAUUAAUAAAUAAGAAAAAUAUAAAUACACGUUAUAUUAAUUUUCGUAAUACUGUUAAUUUUAUGUAUAAUAUGCAUAUUAGUUCAUCUCUCGAAAUUGCUAAAGAUUGGAAUCUUUACUAUUUAUGUGUAAAAUUAACCUAAACUAAAUGGUAAAUGUAACUGAUUACAUAACAAGUCCCUACGAAUUGAGGAUUCCAUGGGACAGCUUUCUCCUGAAGUACCAGCUCCGCUAUAAUUUUUUCUUUAAAGGAAAAUCUGAAGAAAAUAAAGAUAAUGAACUGGCAGAGGAAGAUGAACUGAAGUAUAUUGAAACUGAGGAUGCUGGCACUUUUACCUGGUGCCUCAGAAACUGUAAGAGGAUUUGUGAGACUUCAGAGAACCUCUCAUCAGUUUCGCUCAUGAAUCAGAUUCUAACCUUAUUAAAAGAAGACAAUUCUGAAAUUAUUGCUUCAGUUUUGUGUGACACUUUGGGCUUCAAUAAUCUUAACUUUAUCUCAAAGCUUAUAACAUUUCGGCAGAAUUUAACCAGGCAGUGGCAAUCAAUGUUGGAUAAACUAUGUACAAAAAUCCGUUAUAACAAGUUAGAUGACGCCAACUAUGAAAGACUUAACAGGGCAGUUAUCCAGAAAACUGGAAAAGAUCUUAGAAGUCAAAAGAAAAGGCUUGAAAUUCUACUUUCCCAAAUACCACCUCAGGACUUGUUUUGCCUAAUUGGCCUUGAUUUCAAGUCAGAAAAGAAACUUAAUGCCAUAACUUUUCCUAAACAACUAAGUCUAAACUUAAUUAAAGAAGAUAAUGAAAUUUAUGAAAAACUCAUCAUACCACCAUCUGAAAACCGAAUUGUUCCUAGCGAAGAUGAGUUGAUACCUAUUUCAACGUUACCUGAAUGGGCCCAAAAGGCAUUUGUUGGUAUUGAAAAGUUAAACUUAAUUCAGUCUAAAGUAUUUAAUUCGGCCUUCAAUACACAACAAAAUCUUCUGAUAUCCGCACCAACAGGUUGUGGAAAGACAAAUGUGGGACUUUUGUGCCUGUUACAAAACUAUCGUGAGUAUUUUGAACAGGGGAAGAAAUGUGGAAAGGUUAUAUACAUUUCACCAAUGAAAGCUUUAGCCUCAGAAAUUGUUGAAAAGUACUCUAAAGCUCUUACAGGCUCAGGCCUUGUGGUAAGAGAAGUUACAGGUGAUUUUCAGGUUCCAAAGAGUGAAUUGGAGGAGAUUGAUAUUCUGGUCACAACACCUGAAAAGUGUGAUGUAGUCACAAGAAACUCAUUUUCAACAGCAACUCAGUCUGACGACUCAUUUCUCACAAGAGUCAACCUCAUUAUUUUCGAUGAAAUUCAUCUUUUAAAUGAUGAACGAGGACCUGUGAUUGAGUCCAUUGCAGCCAGAUUUUUCAGACUAAUUGAGUGGACACAAGUGACUAGAAGAGUUGUUGGAAUGUCAGCCACACUCCCAAAUUAUGAAGAUAUCGCAGCUUUCUUGAGAGUCCCUCCGGAACAUACUUACUACUUUGGCAGAGAAUACAGGCAUGUGCCACUUCAACAAAUUUUCUACGGAAUUAAAAAUGAUGACAUUUAUAAGAAUAAUAUGUUAACGAUAUGUUUUGAUCACAUUGUGGAGACUCUGGAGAGUGGUAAACAGUGUAUGGUGUUUGUUCACUCGAGGAAUGAGACGUUUACAACGGCAUCUAGAAUUGUGGAAAUGAUUAAUAGAAGUGAAAAGUCUGACCUUUUCCAGCCAGACUUGGCACAAGUUAAGAGAUUUUCAUCUCAAUUAAUGAGACGUAAUAACCUUAAAUUAUUGUCCGAUUACUCAAUAUCAAUACACCACGCAGGAUUGAGUAAAUCUGAUAGAGAUUUAGUGGAAGAAAUGUUUAAAAGUGGAUUAGUAAAGGUUUUAGUGUGCACGUCGACACUUGCCUGGGGAGUUAACUUGCCAGCACACUCAGUGAUAAUCAAGGGCACAUUUAUUGGAGGAGUUGGAGUUGAUAGAAAUAUUAACAAUUUGGAGCUGAAUCAGAUAAUGGGAAGGGCGGGAAGACCUCAAUUUGACGUUGAAGGGAAGGGCAUUUUAUUAACUGACCAUAAAAAUUUGUACAGUUACGUUAGAAUGCAGACUGAAAGAGUACCCAUAGAAUCCCAGUUACACGUGCAUUUGGAGAAUUUCCUAAACGCAGAGAUUGCAAUAGGCUCAAUAAACAAUGACACUGAUGCUCUUUUAUGGCUACAGUAUACAUAUUUGUUUGUUAGGAUGGUUAAAAAUCCCUUGUUCUACGGGAUUAAUGGUGACGAUGAAGACACACUACUCAAGUACAGACAUGAGAUAAUAAAAAAUGCCGCUAAAAAUUUAAAUAAGUCUAAGCUGAUUAGAUAUUCGUCAAAAACAGGCGAUUUUUCUUCAACUGAUUUGGGUCGAAUAGCAGCCAGAUAUUACGUAGACUAUGAAACCACACAUAACUUCGCAUCAUCAAUAAAUCCUCUUUUGUAUUACCAGGACGGAAUAAUGAUGGAUAGAUAUGCUAACAGUAGAGCUGACCUGAUUAACCACGAAUUUAUACUUGAUAAGCUCAGUGAAUGUAGGGAAUUUGAGUCGAUAUUAUAUAGAAAUGAGGAGUACGACGAAUUGUUAGACUUGAUGAAUUCACCUUUAGUUAUAUAUAAGCCAAAAGGUGGAAUAAACCAUAUUAAGAACAAGGUUAGUGUUUUAAUCCAGGCCUAUAUUGCGAAGUUAUUUAUCAAAACCUCAAGCCUAGUUACUGACUUGAACUUUAUUGUUCAAAAUAUUCCAAGACUGGCUAGGGCCUAUUUUGAAAUUUCAAUGUGUGAAACUGUUUGUGGUCCCCCAGUUGAGCAUAUUCAUGACUGGGUUUUAAUACUUGAGAGGCAGAUUUUUAACAGUAAUGUCCUCUCAAAUUUCACUUCUCCCAUGAACAACCUCACACCCUCAAAAGACCUUGGGCUACUUUCAACCAACUUGGUCGAUAGAUUCAAUAGGUUUAAACUUGAGGAUAUUAUAAACUUCAGUUACCAAGAGGUUUUAGACAUUGUGAGGUCAAAACAAGAUGCCUCAACUAUUUCCAAGUACAUCAAGUACAUUCCAUACCCUGAGGUUAAACUCUAUAAUCAGCCAAUUACUGACAAGAUCACCAAGUUGACUGUCUCUGUUGAGAUUAAAAAUGACUGGAGUAGGAGAUGGAAUGGUUCUAAUGAAUCUUUUUAUGUUUGGGUUUGCACCAGUUCCCGCCUACUUUCACAGUCUCAGGUCAGUUUUACCUCCAAAGGUGUUCAGUUUGUAGAGUUUUUUGUUCCUAUCCAUAACAGAAAUGAGCCGUUUUGUGUUAAAAUAUUCUCAAGUAAUUGGCUUGGAUUGAGUUUUGAAAUUUCAACAAAGCUUCAAGCUCCAGGUGAAGGGUUUAACUCAGCCGACAAAUAUACUCCACUCCUGAAACUUAAUCCGUUACCUACAAGUGUGUUGAAACAGUAUAAUGUGUACAAUUUUCCCUAUUUUAAUCCUCUUCAAACUCAGGUUUUUCAUAAAGCGUUCAUGACAGAUGAGAGCCUUGUGGUUGCCGCACCCACUGGAUCUGGGAAAACUCUUGUUGCUGAACUAGGUUUAUUCAGACUAUUUGACAAGUUUCCUGGCAAAAUAGCUGUUUACAUUGCUCCUCUCAAAGCUCUUGCACAUGAAAGAUUUAAGGAUUGGUGUAAGAAAUUGCAUUUUAAAAAUAUACUUCAACUUACUGGGGAUACAUCUUCUAACAAUUUGGAUGGUCAAGUGCAUAGUGAGAGAGAUGAGUUGGAGAAAUAUGAUAUUGUAAUAACAACUCCUGAAAAGUGGGAUGGUAUUUCUAGACAUUGGAGGAGGAGAAAACUUGUUACUAAAGUUGGCCUGGUCAUUAUUGAUGAGCUACACUUGUUAGGUGAAUCCAGAGGCGCUAUUAUAGAAUCUAUCAUAUCAAGACAAUACACCAUUAAUCAUUCUACAGGAGUUGAACUCAGGUAUAUUUGUCUGAGUACUUCAUUGUCAAAUUUGAAUGAAAUUGCCGAGUGGAUGAAUAUACCAAAUGUCUAUAACUUUUCACCUGCCGUUAGGCCUGUUAAAUGUAAUUUAUUUAUCGAUGGGUUUUCCAUAAAGGCAUACUGCCCUAGGAUGAAUUCGAUGAAUAAACCUUGUUUUGAUACCAUAAUAAGACAUGAUCACAGUUCGAAUGUUCUUAUAUUUGUUUCAUCCAGGAGACAAACCAGGAUGACUGCACAAGACCUCGUCGGAUUAUUACAAUUUUAUAACAUUUCCUUCUCAAAUACUAAUGAUACCUACUUCUUCGAUGAUGAAUGGUUAAAUACUUUUGUUCCCAAUGGCAUAGGAAUACAUCAUGCAGGGUUGAGUACUAAGGAUAGAGAACUAGUCCAGGACUUGUUUUUAAAUGGUAAACUUAAAGUGUUAAUUGCAACAUCGACACUUGCUUGGGGAGUUAACCUACCUGCAAAAAUAGUCAUCAUCAAAGGAACUGAGUUUUAUGAUGGUAGAGUUAAAAGGUAUAUUGACUAUUCUGCAACUGACAUAAUACAGAUGGUUGGAAGGGCUGGAAGGAAUAUUUAUGAUGGCGAGGCUUACGCUUAUGUGUUCACUGAGACGAGAAAAGUUGGUUUUUACAAGGCCUUUAUGUUCACUCCUUUCCCAACAGAGUCGUUUUUCUUGGAGAAAAUUAAUGAUUGCCUAAAUUCCGAAAUUGCCACUGGCUCUGUUACAACUAAAAAAGGCGCUCUUGAUUAUCUCUCCCGUACUUUUCUCUACAAAAGGCUGAAAUCAAAUCCCAAAUAUUACACACAGUCACCUAACCCAUUAUAUGAGGAUAAAGGAGAUGUAAUAAAUGAUGGGAAUAAUUCAUUGAAUUUUGUAAAGUUGAGUGGUGUGGAUGGGACUAAGUUGGAGGACAUUUGUGAGGCGAUAGUUAACAACGCGAUUUCAAGUUUGGUUAAAUUGGGGUGCGUCUCACUCGAAUACCCUGAGGAUGAACUUAAAAUAAUCGAACAUGGACUUUUGGUCCCAACACUAAACGGGAUUUUUGCCUCUCAGUACUACGUAAACUGUAAAACUGUCCAUGAGUUUUCUAGUAUUGACUUUUCGGAGAAUCUUGGCUUCUAUGAAAUCGCCAGAAUACUAUCAAACGCAACUGAGUUUAACUUAGUGCCUCUGAGACACAAUGAAGAUGUUUAUAAUGUUCAACUUUCUAACCUUUGUCCAAGUAAAAUAACUGAAUCUGAGGCUUCAGACCCUAAUGCAAAGACGUUUUUACUCUUCCAAGCGAGACUAUUUAACUUAAAACUGCCAGUAUUUGAUUAUAACAAUGAUACCAAAUCGAUUCUUGAUCAGUUACCCAGAAUAAUUCAGUGUUUACUGGACAUUUUCAUCAUUAAUCGGAAUUUUAAAAAUGUGGAAUAUUUACUAUUACUGUACAAAUGUCUUCACUUGGGUCUAAACCCCUUAAAUCUACAACUGGUAUUUGAAGUCAACUACGAAAUUAGUGUAAAAGUCAACGGUAUUUCCAAACCUAAAGGAGGAAAGUAUACAGUCUCAAGUGAUGUUGUCAAUUUGACUGUUAUGCUGGAUGAAAUGAAUCAAACUAAUGAGUUUCACUAUUUAUUUCUGGUAAAUCACUCAACCAAUGUCAUUUAUGGUUAUAAAAAGGUCUAUAAACAGUCUCUUCACACAUUCAAGUUACGUAUCGACAAGGCCGGUAAUCUGACUUUACUUUUAAUAUUAUCAUGCCCAACUCUCUUGUCAUAUGAUCAACAAAUCAUUUUAAACAUUAACAAAUCAACCUAACAUACUAUUAUACACA